AUGAAGUGCAUUGUUCUUGUCGCUCUUUCGUGUGUUGCAACAAUCAAUGCUCAGCCUCUGGGCAUGGGUGGUAUAGGACUCGGUCUCGGCGGGAUGGGAAUGGGGCUGGGUGGAAUGGGAACAGGUAUAGAGGGGAUGGGUGCCGGUCUAGGUGGGGUGGGAAUGGGUCUGGGUACUGGUUUGGGAAUGACUGGACUGGGAACCGGCCUGGGUGUUGGUUUGGGGGGAAUGAGCGGAGGAUAUGCAAACGGCGCCGGCUACGGUGGUCAGCAGUUCGGUGCCGGCGCUAGUGGUGUUGGCAACCAAGGAUUCAACACGGCUGGCCUCAGUGGCUUUCACAAUAUAAACCAAGCGGACAGUUCUGGCUUCCACAACGUUGGCGGUGGAUCUGCCUUGAACAAUGGCGGGUACGCUGGCAACGGGUACAACGGAUAUCAAAAUGGCGCCUCACAAUUCGGCAAUGGCUUCGGUGCGGGCUCUCAGUCAGGAAUGUUCAUAUAA